AUAAAUUUUUUUGAAUAAUCUACGAUACAAUAAUACAUGAUAUUUAAUUUAUCGUUGAAAAUCUGUAAAAUUCUUUCUCAACAAUAUUUUUAAUUAUUCAUUCAUCACCACUAUAAUUCCAUCCUUAUUCGUUUUCAAUUAAAAGAUGAGAGAUAGCUUAUUGUUUCGUUUUAAUUCUUUCGAAGAUACCAAUUCAAAAAAAAAAAAAAUAAAUAAAUAAAUAAAUAAAUAAAUAAAAAAGAAAGAAGGAAGAAAGAAAAAAACAAUGUCAUUGAAAGAACGUAUAAUUCUUUCUUUGUUCUCUUUCAAUUCAUCUUUUCUUCCAUUUCUCUCUCUCUCUCUCUCUCUCUCUCUCUCUUUUCUAUUUUCCACGCUUAUCCAUUCAAAACUAUCCACUUUACUUGCGACUCUGCAACGCACGUACGUACAUGCAUACGCCCAUACGCGUCAGUUCGACACUAGAAAUAAAAAAAUAAAUAAAAUAAAAAUAAAAAUAAAAAUAAAAAUAAAAAGAGACAAAGAUAAAGAAAAAGAAAAAGAAAGAAAAAAAAGAAUAAAGCAAACGAAAUAAAAAAUGCAAGAGUGAAAUCGAUUUAUCCUUUACGUUAAGGUAAUAAACGAUGUGCUAACAAAAUGAAUCUUUCCCCUUUGAUGCGUUAAAAAAUUGACAUUUUGACAAAAAUUUAUUUCGUUCGUUGAUUGACGUUAUUUGAGCGCAAAAAAAAAGAAACAAGAAAAAAAGAAAGAAGGAAAGAUAAAAUGGAAAAGAGAGAGAGAGAGAGAGAGAGAGGACAUCUUACGAAAUGUGAGGAAAGUAAAAGCGUAAGAGAAGGAUAGAAAAUAAAGGGGAAAAAAAAAAUACACAAAAAACAAAGAAAAGAAAAAUAAAAAAUAGACACAAUAAUCGAUCGCAAUAAUCGUGUCCGCUUAUUUUAUUAUUCGCGAUAAUUAAAAUUCAUUCGUCAUAUUAGAAUACGCAUAAUCGACGAACUAUUUCAAUAUCCUUUGUACUUAAAAUGCACUGUUACUUACACAAGUAACAAAUACUGUUACUUAAAAUGCAACAAUCGUAAAAUUAAGUUCGCUUUUGAAUAAUAAAAUAUUCUCAUUAAAUCUUAAUUCCAUUAUGUCAUAUUAAAUAUUAAAUAUUAUUCUCAUUAUAUAUUAAACGUAUUAAGAAAUAUAAUGAGAUUGGCGAUAGUACGAUAAAAAUUAUCUGUUAAAUUUUAUCUCUGGAGAUAAAUGAUAAAUGAUAACAACGUUGAAAUUUUGCACGUUCAUUAUUUCUUUAGUAUCGUUUGAAUUAUCAAAGACAUUCGACACAGAGAAAAUGUUACGGCAAUUUCUUUUCCUUACGUUAGUUUGCAUCUUUUGCACUGCCAGCAAUGCACAGAAACUUCAAAUGGUUACCUUAGGGAUGGAGGAUUUCAUCAAAAGGAUGAACGAUUUUGAGAGAACUAUUCUGCAAGGAUACGUCGACAAAUUCGCCAUGUUUCAUCUUGCUAUGACGUUUAGUUAUUACACGAUCUGCGUGGCCUUUAUCCUUGGACCGACGAUAUUACCACGUCCAUUUCCAACAUUUGCCGAAUAUCCGUUCAAAGUAGAAUCGCAUCCAAUCCAUGAGAUCAUUUAUUUUCAACAAGCAUUCGUUGGCAUCCAAGCGGCCGUAGGUGUGACCAUAGAUUGUCAGAUUGCUUUUUUACUUUGGUACACAGGUGCCAGAUUCGAAAUUUUAACGAUUAAAUUGAUUAAUAUCGUUAACGAGGAUGAAUUAAAUGACUGUAUUAAAUUACAUCACGAUUUACUUAGAUAUGGAAAGGACGUCAUCAAAGCAGUACGUUUUAUAAUACUCACAAGUAUUGGUGUUUCAUCGGUGUGCAUAAUAUUCGGUGGUGUUCAAUUUCUAUUCGCAAAUUCGAUAACACUGAAACUUCAAUUUGUCUCGUUGAUGAUCGGAUCGAUAUUCGAAUUGUUUUUAUGCUGCCGACCUGCAGAUAAUCUAAUGAAAAUGAGUUCUGCCGUCGGAUUGGCAGCAUAUCAGUCAAAUUGGAUCGAUAAAUCUAAAAAAAUGAAAAGCAGUAUAUAUAGUUUAAUUCAAAGGUCACAGAAACCUUUGACCAUAUCGAUCGAUGGUAUCUUACCUUCUUUAUCAUUGCAGUAUUAUCUAUCGGUAAGAGACACUCGACCUUGAUAACUUCCAAAUUAGGAAUCUAACGAACCUACAAGAAAAUUUAAUAAAUCUAUCAUUCGCUCGUUUGGUAAAAAAAUAUUUUCUUGAAUCGAUCAACGAUAAUAUAGUACUCUUAAUCAAAUUAAUAGAAAAUUUUCCAAUAUCAAUGUGUCCAUUCGUCGGUAUCUUCUUUUUUUUUUUUUUUUCUUUUUUGCAAUCAUGACUAUAUAUAUAAAAUUUUUGAUUACUCUUGAUACAAAUGAUUAUUGCAAAUCAUUUUUAAAAUUCCAAAUGCCACACUGCGAGUAUUACGACUAUUUGUACGAUUAAUUCAAUUAUUUCGUACAUUCGUAUAAUAAAUAAUUAUUUUACAGUUUUUAAGUGCAUCCUUUCGAUACUUUACAACUAUCCGAGCCUUUCUGAUAGAAUAACAUUUAGAAAAAAAGAGAAAAAAAAGAUGAAAAUAAUACAUUACCAGAUCUAUAAUUUUAACGAUAUAUUAAUCUAAUAAAUUGUUAAUAUCAAGGAUCAUCUUG